AUGAACAUUGACGAACCUCUAGCCGCAGGCUUCGUGCUUCCGGGAAGGGCCAGGAAGCUACACAGGCAGGGGACUGACUCCACAAUCGUCAAUCGGCUUCCAAUCCUGAGAUACCUACCCAGACACUUUCGCUCUCAUUUCGUUGCCAUGUGCGGAGAGUUCAUCGGCACCUUUUUAUUCCUCUUCUUCGCUUUCUCCGGCACCCAAGUCGCAAACACCCAAGCGAAACCUCAGACGUCCACUACUGUUGCUCAGGCUUCCAAUCCAGCCCAACUCCUGUACAUCAGCUUGUGCUUCGGCUUCUCUCUGGCCGUCAACGCCUGGGUUUUCUUUCGCAUCUCUGGAGGGCUCUUCAAUCCUGCCGUCACACUCGGAAUGUGUCUCGUCGGGGCAUUGCCAUAUAUACGCGGCGUGCUUCUCGCGGUGUCACAGAUCCUCGGUGCCAUUUCUGCGGCCGCGGUCGUCAGCGUGCUAUUUCCAGGACCACUGGACGUCCGGACCGCGCUCAGGAUAGGCACCUCGAUUACCCAGGGUCUCUUCAUCGAGAUGUUCCUUACCGCUCAACUAGUCUUCACCAUUUUCAUGCUUGCGGCCGAGAAGCACAAGGCAACCUUCAUAGCGCCCGUUGGCAUUGGCUUGUCGUUGUUCAUUGCUGAACUUACUGGUGUCUUCUACACCGGCGGGUCAGUAAACCCGGCUCGAUCAUUCGGCCCUGAGGUGGUCUUACAUACGUUUCACCACUAUCAUUGGAUCUACUGGCUCGGGCCCAUCCUCGGCUCGCUUCUAGCCUCGGGCUUCUACCGGUUCAUGAAGAUGCUCGAAUACGAAACCGCGAAUCCCGGUGCCGAUUUCGACGAGCACGAGAAGGAACAUUUCGACCCGGAGAUCCACGGCAGUCGGCCUCCAACCACCGUCCACCUGCAACCAAGCGAUCAACAGACUCACGGCGCGGCCAGAACCGUAACCGGCGCAGAAGCCGAUCACUACGACCCGGACGGCGUCAAGGCCAGUCCGGGAAACCACACGGCUGGACAAGGGCGCCAUCGGAGGAUGUCCGCGUUGAAAGGCGGACGGAAAGAGCCCGGCUUCUCACCCGCAGAGGUAUCGCAGAAGGAGACCGAGGACCUCACCGACGUCUACGACGCUGCCCCUGGGGCGGAGUUGGGUAACGUGUCAAACGGUGCGCGAACUUGA